UUAUUGUUUGCUACUUAAUCGCCUUCUUCUUCCUUCUUCACUAAUCUUAUUCCAAUACCACAACCAAAAUAACAAUACCGCAAACCACACACACCCUUCAAACCGAAAUCCAAGAAUCGAUAGUAAAGUAAAACAACAGCAAAUAUGCCUAAGAAUAAGGGAAAGGGAGGAAAGAACAGGCGUCGUGGAAAGAACGAGAACGACAACGAGAAGCGUGAACUAACCUUCAAGGAAGAAGGUCAAGAAUAUGCCCAAGUUAUUAAGAUGCUCGGAAACGGUCGUUUAGAAGCUCUCUGCUUUGAUGGUACUAGACGUCUUGCACAUAUCCGUGGAAAGCUCAGAAAGAAGGUCUGGAUCAACCAAGGAGAUAUCAUUCUCCUUUCUCUCCGUGAUUACCAAGAUGAGAAGGGAGAUGUCAUCCUUAAGUACAGCGCCGACGAAGCCAGAAGUUUGAAGGCCUACGGAGAACUCCCCGAGAGCGCAAAGAUCAACGAGACCGAUACCUACGGACAAGGCGAAGACGGAGAUUGCAACUUCGAGUUCGAUGACGACAGAGAUAGUGGUAGCGAUUCUGAUGAUGCUGCUGAAGGAGGAAAGGGCAAGGAGAUUGAUAUUGAUGAUAUCUAAAAUGUUCUGGGGGUUAGUGGCUCCCCUACACGGUUGAUAGUGGUGGUUAGGGGGAUGGAAAGAAAGACUGUCUUCUCUCUCAAUCUCGUUGGAUCUGGUCAUCGUUCCACUCGCUGGAUCCCGAGAACCUCGACAGGCAUUUUUCCUUCUAGUGCUUCAUUCGACUGGCGAUACUUGUAUAGUGGGAGAGACGUUAUGCAUGUAUUAACCAAGACUCUUAAUUCCAAUCUACGUAGCAUAGACUGACGGCUAUUCGAAUAAUAAAAUGGUAUUUUUCUUUUGAA